GAUGGUAAAAGCCGCACAGCACCAACAAGAUCGUACCUAUAUAGCGUCCGACUUAUUUUGACUACAAAACAACGAAUGCGAAAGAAUUGUAAAGUUGGUGACUAAUUCCAUUUUCUGCGUUGCAUCGUUUCCACAUCCAUCGCAAUGGCGAAUAAACAACAUGAAUACUAUUUUGGUAAUUUGCCAAAAUCUGCUUCGGUAGACGAUUUACGAAGUUUUCUAAACGAUUACGGAAAAAUAUCCAAUUUCGAGUAUCGAUUGCACAAGUGCACCUACUGUCCAACGAAGAUUGCAUUCGUAAAGUUCGUAGAAAAACUCAAUGAUGAAACACUCCAAAAAUUAAAUGGGACAACUUUUCAACAUAAACGACUGUUUGUUAUGAGUACGAAGUCAGAAAAAUUUUUCACCCCACUACAAUCAGUUGUGGUCCGAUAUCUUAACGAGCAUAUCACCGAGGAGGAUCUGUACAACUAUUUCGAAGAUGUCGGUACCAUCGAAUGCGUGCAGAAACCAUCGCAUAACUAUGCGUAUGUAUCGUUUAGUGAUAAUGCUUCCAUACGGCGUGCAUUGGAGAUGAAGAAGACGCUCAAAGGAAUCGAACCGUAUGUGGUAGAAGUAAAGCGAAGAAUUAGCAUGUUUCUGGAACACAAAAAACCGGUGGCAUAUGUACAGAUGAAGGACAAGUGUGACAAGUUGGAACUAGUUUACGAUCCGGCAGCCGAAAAUGAAACUACUUUACUGGUAACAAACAUCCCUAGAGACACCGAGGAGGACGAUGUUAUCGAGUUUUUGGGCAGAUUUGGGAAGAUUAUUGACUGGUCAAUGAAAAAGUCGGCCACCUGUGUGCUGUCGAAUGUCGCGUACGUGACCUACGAGCAGCCGAGAAUGGCUCGUACAGCAUUCCUCCACGGACCGUUAAAUUUUCAGGGCUUUGGGAUGGAGAUUUACAACAGACUGCUGGGGUACACAAUGCAUGAUUCGGACAAAACCAUAAUCAUUAGGCGUACUAGUGUGUAUUUAACUAACGACGAGAUAUUUGAAUCCUGUUCAGAACAUGGGCUAGUUGAGUACAUACAACGAAUAGAUUCAAAUAACUACAAUACGAUAGUCCGUUUAGCCACGGCGACGGCAGCCAAGAAAGUAAUGGAUAUACGUCACAUUGCUGGUGAGGAGGUGGUGAUCCGCAUGUAUACAGCAAAACAGUACAUCAGUCCCACGUGUGUUUCUCAUUACGCAGACACACGCAUACCUCCGAAGAGGUCGCGCAAAGAAUCCAUCUUACUGCACAUUAGCGAUGUAGAAGAACGCAAGAACAUGUCACUAUUGCCCACAUCAUUUAAUCAACAGUACUUUAAUCCAAAUCCACAAUUCUAUCGGAACGAAGUCCAAGUGUGGAAUUAUGCCCCGAAGCUAGGUUUGGUGGAAUUUAGAGAGUAUUUCAAAAAAUUUGGAACCGUAAUCAAUAUGCGGGAACAGAAAGAAUACAACUCGUCCCCGAUUGGUGUCGUUUUCCUUAGCUUUGAUACCAAACUGGAAGCGAAACGGGUUUGCAAACUAAAUCAUUCGUUCAUGUGCUCUAGACGGCUGUUAAUUUUGAUGGCCGAUGAGUGUAUUGCAUAUGAUUCAAAGUUGUGCGUUAAAGUUAGCAAUCUUACGGAAGAAAUUGCCGAUGAAGAUGUGUACGAUAGGUUCACAAUGAUAGGCGAUGUGAAUUAUGUAUUUCGGCCCAAGCGAAACGAAGCAAUUGUUUGCAUGGCCAAGGAAAAAUGGCGCGCACGUGCAAUGAAAGUAAUGUGUGUUGGUCGUUUUCCUGUUGUUGUAUCAUCUCUGAUGAGUUCCAACAUUGCACAGCAACCUGUUGCCUCAGGAAUGAUGCAACAAUACCCUGUUCCUAAUCCGAAUAUGGGACCCAGAAAUUUACCGGUACCACCUUAUAAUCAAUGGUAUGGAGCAGGGCCCAUGUCGAUGGGACCGAUGGGUUUGGGUUCAGGAAGCUGGAUGUCAGAUCCAAUACGCUCUCAUAUGCCCAUGCCAAUGGCAGCCGGAAUGAUCAGACCGGCAGGACAGAUGCCAAUGGGGCAGACUCAAAUGGGCAAUCAAGAGAUAAGUCCGCGCAUGCGAGGCUUAAUGCAAACCGUUGAAGCACAAAUGAUGAAGUGUAAAAAUUUCACUAUACUGCCAAUGAUGGACCAGUUUAAUUUGGUUCGUGACAUUGUCAAUCAGUGUAUAAGCUUUCCAUACUUUUUGUCAAUGACCGGUGACGACAAAGUACGUUAUCUUAAAAACGAACCUACUGGAUUUCGACAAUUGAACAUUUUUACGCUCUUCACCUACCCGGAGCAGCUGCAGAUGUUAUCCAUCAUUGAAGAUUACUACCGUAGCACAAGUGAACCGGGAAGUCUUCCACCACCGGCCAGUAGUGCAAAUACAAUGGAAUUCGCUGGAGUACAACCUAACACCACAACGAUAGUGCUGACAGAUGAUUCUAAGGAUAUGACCCCCACAGAACCAGCUGCCACGGAAAUUCAACAAGCAACACCAAGCGAUAAGGACGUUGAUGAUGAUGAUUCCAUUCCUCCUGCGCCUUCACCGCCACCCUUAUCGCUCCGUUCUAGGUCCCCAUCGCCAAACGAUGAUAUGUGGCAUUCUCCCGGCGGAUCUAUAAACGGUUCUGUUCAGCAGAAGCUGAUCGAAAGUUUUGCAGCGAACAGUUCCAAAAAGAAAGGUUUGGAAAAGAUAGAUCCUAUUUAUCGUAUAUUCGAAAAACCAUUGGUACAUGUAGCCAAUCUUCCGAAGGAAGUUACCAAGAUUGACAUUGAGAGACUGUUUAGUCAACAUGGCAAAAUUAAAUUAGUAUCGAAUGCAAAGUCUGAGUGUCCUGAAUCGAAUACUAUGAUCAUUAUCUUUGAAACCAUGUAUCAAGCAUACAUGGCAUUGCAACAUAAUUUAACCAAGCUGCAGGGACGACUAAUACGAGUUAAUAUUCACGGAACUAGCUACAUACCAAGUUCGGAAUGUGGCGUUAGCGUUAGUUGUAAUGGCCCGUUUUCGGAACUCGCCAUAUUCGACACGUUCAAGUCUUGUGGAAAAAUACUUUACAUGAAGAAAGAAGGACAGCCGGGAAAUGAGAUAUGCGUGAUGGAGUUUGAAACGAAAGCUUCCGCGCAGGCCGCGCUCAAGAUAACUUACCUGCACAACGGAAAUCGUUGCAAAGCGAAACCCCAUGCUUUCACAUCUAAGGUAAGUUACGGAUUUUAAUCAUCGUUUUAUAAAAAACUAAAUUUUAAAAAUCAUCCUCUGGUUGAAUGUUCACCGACAGCCUACGGCGUAAGAUAGUGAGGAUUAGCAUAAGUGAAGCAGCUACAGAGAGGGCUCAUUAUCCGGUAACAUGGCACACUUAAGAAGUGCGCCAAGAAAAUUAAGGCAUAACCAACUAGGUCGUUAGACCUUUUUGGUGUUAGGCGACUAGAACCAAUAAGACACUUUUUCUACAUAUAAUCUUGUCCACAUUUAAUUAUGCAAAAGAAUUACUCUGAACGGUAUGAAACUGAAAUACCUAAGAGGCAAUGAUGAUCGAAACAUCAGAAUUUUAAAUAAUUAUCAUAAGGUGCUGUAUGUGGUGAAGAAGCCGCAACAAACAAAUAAGAUGACAUCUGAUUAUUUGAGCAUGAACAUAGUUCAACUAAUCAAAUAAUAUAAAUUAUAAAGUGGCAACAUCCAGACAAGUGUUGUGCAUUUAGCACCAGAAAAACUGUGUAAUUUAGUUUUAGCUACGAUAGAAAAGAAACAAAUGUAUAGAUCUUAAGGACAGAACAGUUAGUUGAAAUUAAUGAAAUUGUCUUUUUCUACUGUAAAAUUGCAACAAAAUAAAAUAUUUCUUUAAUUAGUGUCUCUAGCAUAAGAUUAGCAAAUCAUCAAGCGCAGCCCAACAUAUGAUUUGCACAUUUUUAAAUGAAAGUUCACGCUAGAAAAACACAAUAUCGUGUUGCCAUUUGGUAAGUAUGAAAGUGGGAGUGAAAAUUAGUUAGUGUAAAUUCUUACAAACAUAGAAACAUUAAACUCAAAAUCGGGUUCGUCAGAAGAAAGAGCAUUACUAAAUCCAAGAACACGCCUGGAACAAUCAACCCAUCUCGCAACGUCUGCCUGCUAGAAACUGAGCUGGAAAUGUACAAAAUGGUAGUUUGUAAGUACCCACUAUCCUCGUUUUAGAAUAGAAAUAUUUGUAACAGCAGGCCCACCAGAUAAACUAAUAAAGUGAAAUAUGUGACUACGUGACAUACUAUAAA